AUGAUACGGGCUCCUGCUUACCAUCUUAUUUUAGAAGGAAUUCUAAUACUCUGGAUAAUCAGACUUCUUUUCUCUAAAACUUACAAAUUGCAAGAACGAUCUGAUCUUACAGUCAAGGAAAAAGAAGAAUUGAUUGAAGAGUGGCAGCCAGAACCUCUUGUUCCUCCCAUCUCAAAAGACCAUCCUGCUCUCAACUACAACAUUGUCUCAGGCCCUCCAAGCCACAGCAUCGUGGUGAAUGGAAAAGAAUGUAUAAACUUUGCCUCCUUUAAUUUUCUUGGAUUGUUGGAUAACCCUAGGGUCAAGGCAGCAGCUUUGGCAUCUCUAAAGAAGUACGGUGUGGGGACUUGUGGACCUAGAGGAUUUUAUGGCACAUUUGAUGUGCACUUGGAUUUGGAAGAACGCCUAGCAAAAUUUAUGAAGACAGAAGAAGCCAUUAUCUACUCGUAUGGAUUUGCCACCAUAGCCAGUGCUAUUCCGGCUUACUCUAAGAGAGGGGACAUUGUGUUUGUAGAUAGAGCUGCCUGCUUUGCUAUUCAGAAAGGAUUGCAGGCAUCACGCAGUGACAUUAAGUUAUUUGAGCACAAUGACAUGGCCGACCUGGAGCGACUGCUAAAAGAACAAGAAAUCGAAGAUCAAAAGAAUCCCCGGAAGGCCCGUGUAACUCGGCGUUUCAUUGUAGCCGAAGGGUUGUAUAUGAAUACUGGAACCAUUUGUCCUCUCCCGGAAUUGGUUAAGUUAAAGUACAAAUACAAAGCCAGGAUCUUUCUGGAGGAAAGCCUUUCAUUUGGAGUCCUGGGAGAGCACGGCCGAGGAGUCACUGAACACUUUGGAAUCAAUAUAGAUGAUAUUGACCUCAUCAGUGCCAACAUGGAGAAUUCACUGGCUUCUAUUGGGGGUUUCUGCUGUGGCAGGUCUUUCGUAAUUGACCAUCAGCGACUUUCCGGCCAGGGAUACUGCUUUUCAGCUUCGUUGCCACCCCUGCUAGCUGCAGCUGCAAUCGAGGCCCUCAACAUCAUGGAAGAGAGUCCAGGUAUUUUUGCAGUGUUGAAGGAAAAGUGCAAGAGAAUUCAUAAAGCUUUGCAAGGCAUUUCUGGAUUGAGAGUGGUGGGAGAGGCCGUGUCCCCCGCGUUCCACCUGCAGCUGGAAGAGAGCACUGGGUCUCGGGAACAGGACAUCCAGCUGCUUCAGGAAAUCGUCAGUCAGUGCAUGGACAGGGGCGUAGCACUGACCCAGGCGCGCUACCUGGAGAGAGAAGAGAAGUGCCUCCCUCCUCCCAGCAUUAGGGUUGUGGUCACAGUGGAGCAAACGGAAGAGGAACUGGAGAAAGCUGCGUCUGUGAUCAAGGAGGUAGCCCGGGCCGUCCUGCUGUAGUGCGUGUCAGGGCUGGUGGCCUCCGCCCAGCGCAGACAGCUCGGGACUGCUGGAGGGAGCUUCUGGAGGGCUGCACACGCUGGCACUGUCGUCGCCAUAUGCAGUGGUGGUGGACUUGGCAUGACAAAGAAAACACAUCUAAAAGCCCAGGAACCGAUUGGUUUUUUUUAAAGGAAAACUAAUAAGAGUAUAACUGGUAUUAAGUUGGGCUAUUUAGUACUAUUUAAAUGUUUCAUUAUACUAGUAUUUUAUAUUCUUUUUUGUUGUUGUCACUGUUUAAAAACGGAGGUCAGCCUCUCUUUUCUCCCUUCUGGUGAAGACUAGGCUUUCGCCCUCCUCAGGCCCACAGGAAACACGCUGUAACCUGGGGGGCGCAGUGUGUCCUCGAAGGCCUGGCUCAGCCGGCUCUCAGUGUCCAUCCUGUGAAGCUCAGCUGCGGCGGUUAUUAUAAACCCUUCAUCCUAUUUGACUCCUAGGAUUUUUAUAGACACUAAAUAUUGAUGUUACACCGUUUCUGACGGCCAAUCUUACCUCUAGCCAGAGAAUAGUCGUUAGACGUCCUUGCGUGAGCGAUAGUUUAAACUGGGCCCUGGUCUGUUCUGGUAGAUGACUUUCCCCUUUAUUAUGGGGAGACCUGUCUGCGUUAAGAAGAGGGUUCCUGUGAUGAUCCCAAGGUGUAAAGUCAUGUCCUCGAUAUUUUAGAAUAUCUUUAAUGUAUUCCUCUUUUAUAUAGUGGGUUUGCCUGGGAACAUGGAGCUACCGGCCUAAGGAAAAUGUGAAGUUUUUUCUCUUCAGCAUAGUAAUCCAAAUAUCCAAAAAUGAUGUAAGCACUUAGCGAACCCCGGCAGGUGGUGUAAAUAUUUGUGAUGUGCACACAUGUUGCAUAAAUAUUAUACCAUUUGUUCUUUCAUUAACAGUAAAGGAAU